GGCUUCCGAGCGAUGGGGGCGUAUUCAACGAAGAGCAUGUGCGUCUAUGAUUGCCAUGUUAUUGUGUUGCCUUUGUGUGCAAGACCACAAUCAUCUUAAUCGUUUAUGACCUAGAAUGAGAAAAAUCGCGUGUUAUUAUCCAUCUGCGAAAGCCUGCUGUAUUUCUUCCAGACUUCUGAAGAGACGUGCGCAAAGAUGAGGAUGCUGGGAGCGGGUCAGCACGCGCACAUCUGGAACAGGACGGGAUGGGAAAUCCGGUGUCCUCGGGGGAACCACUGAGAAGAUGAAAAUAAUAGAUCUGUCUUCAAUGAGAAAUCAAUGCCACGCCACAAUAGAAAAAAUAUCAGAAAAAAACAUUUUCAUAUUUCGCCUGGCUGCAGUAGGGUCAUAAAUAAUCGAUUAGGUGAGAAACAGGCACCCACGUUGCCGUUGCCAGUGUUGUUAUGAUAACGGACAGAUUGUGUUUACUCAAGCAAUUGUGGGGAACAACCUCUUUACUGUUACUCCAACCUCAGUCGUCUGGGCGGAGUGACACCCACAGCUUGUGUCUGGGAUACUACAGGUACUGUAGUUGACAGGUAUAGCCCACAGUGUAGCCUAAUUCCAGAUCUCUAUUCCGUGAAUGUGUUGAGGGAGACGCGCAUCCUUGGAUUGCGUUCUUAUAGCUUUUUUUACUUGGAGGGACGACACCCAAACAGGUGCGCUUUUGCCGCACCUUUUUUUUUCCUUCAGCGCGAGGUUUGAUACUUCUUUGGAUGGAUCGCAACUUCGCAUACCAUUCGCCCUUGUAAUCUACAAACAGGACUCUGGCGUUGACUGUUUAGGAGCUCCCUCAGCAGGUGGUGUGGAGUACUGCAGCACAGUGAUUCCGCACCAGACACUAGGGUGCAUUGAAUGGCCACAGGCCCAAAUUACUGCAACACCUAUGAGUACAAUUGUAAGGUAAACGGGCAUCUGGAGAAUAGUGACUGCAGCCGGGUCACAUGGGAGACACAUGACAUGGAGGUCAGAGGUCACCUGAUCUCAGCACCUGACUUGCUGGUCAGUCAGGACAGUAAGCAGAGGGCGGAGCGUAUGACGGCGCUCCAGGAGAGGAGGCGGAGCUUGCAGACCCUGUUGAACACCCGUGUAUCAGAGCUGAAGCGUGUGUGUCUGCAGGAGGCGGAGCUUACGGGGGAGGUUCCAAAUGAGUUCCCCCUAGAGUCUGGGGAGAGGCCCCCCUACGUGAGGCGACGAGUUGGUACAUCCCGCCAUGGGCCCAAGAACAUCCUGAAAGCAGAGGAGGAUGAGGCCCCCCAUCGUAAGCCGAAGAAGACCCUGUUCAGCAGCGCCCUACGCAGACACACAGACUCAGAGCAGCACCAAGCACACGGCAAGAGAACCGUACACAGGGGCUGUCACACAGAUGACACAGUCAGAUCUGAGAGCAGCUCCAUGUCAGAUUCCACAGGACAUGACACUGUCACACCUCCUGUCCUACCAGAUGAUUGGUCAGAGAGCCAGCCAGCGGACCCAGACUGCAGGCUUGGCAGGAAGCUAUCACCGGUGGAGGUCUACUAUGAGAUGAGGACGCGACGCAACUCGCUAGCCAGCUCUGUUAGUCCUAGUCGUUCUCUUCCUCGGAGUGUGUCCAACCUGGAGGGGAGGAGCGUUCCUGCCACUCCCCUCCUCGCACGGACCAACCAGUGUGUCAACAUCAGGUCAGAUUUCCCUGGAGGUCCUGUUGCACUCAAGCUGCAUUGGUCAGACAAUCACCAGGCCCAGCCCCACACACAGCCUCUACCCAAUCAGGACGGAAACCUGCAGGAGCCCAGCGACCAGGGCCAUGGUAACGCAUCUACCGGCCGUAGCAACAGCUCUGAGGCUCUAUUGGACCGUAACACCUCUGAGGAGGAUGGGGGGCCUGGGGUGGGGGUCCAGGUUCAGAGGCCAGCCAUGCCCCCCAGGAGCGGCCCUCCCUACAAAAGCUCUGAGGCGUUAAUGGAGGGCCGUUUGCGUCAGGUCCAGCGGGCCAGCCCAGAGAGGCAGGUGAACGGCCAUGGGGAGCCCCACCGAAUGCGCACCUCCGUGGGUGGUCGGGGAGUCGGGGCGGGGGGGUACAAUGAGAUCCUGAUGGACUAUGUGUGGGGAAAGCAGCAGAAAAUGCAGAACCAGCAGCUCCAGAGGCAACAGUCUCAGGGUAACAACCAGGGCAAGGCCAGACUGACAGCCUCUGUGUCCACUAACUUCAAUGGCUACCCUCAGCCUCCACCCCCACUCCCACCCCAGCCCCAGAGCCAGCCCCAGUACCCUUCCUCCCAGCCCCAGGCCCUGCAUCUCUCAGGGGCCCCGCCAGCCUACAGCCCCCUGAUGCUGCGAGGGAAGCCAGGUGAGCCCAGGAGGGUGAAGGUAACUCGCACCAAGUCCUGCGGCCCCUUCAUCCCCCUCCAGCAGGACGGCCUCCUCCUCUCUGCCUAUCCAGACCCCAUCACCAACUCCUACCCCCAUCCACACCCACAACUGGACCAGCCCAGUUCAGCCCCCCCCCAGCUUGGCCGUGGGCCCCCCCAGUACCCCUCGGAGGCUGCCACACCAGAGGAUGCUACCAGAAGCCUCCACAAGGCUCUGGCGCUGGAGGGGCUGAGAGACUGGUACCUCAGAAACACAUUGGGUCACCCUGGGUCAGGAGGUCAGGGGUCAGGCACAGGUCCAGGGUCUGGGUCUGGGUCCGGGAAGGGUCAGGAAAACGGUGCCCCCAACCGCAGAAGAACCACUGCUUCCCUGCACGGCUCCUCCCAGCCCCACACGCUUCAACACCAGCAGUCCUACCAGGGGGAGGGGCUCCAACCCUACCCCACACAGAACCCCACCCCCCACCUGCCCCACUCUGCCACCUUCCAUGGUCAUCCCCUUCAUGGCAGGUCUGUAGAGCUGCCUCUCUACCAGGACAUUAUUCCCACCCAGUUACAGGAGCUGAGUCUGAAGGGGGCUAGUGGCGACCAGCCGAGCCCUGGCACCUUGGUAUAGCUGGCCAGUCCCUGGUUUGCUAGUCUCACUAGCAGGACAUAUAAACUUGGAAAUAAAUUGAAUGUGUCUGGACACAUAAGUGAAUCAUCAUUAAAAAGAGACAUUUGAUUUGUCUUCUGGAUAAAGACAAUAUACGUAGAAAAAGAGACUGCAAUUGACACAAAAGUUAUUGGUUUGUUCCUGUCUUUCUCUCUCUGAGGGGUAUUUUUACUUGUAUUGCAUAAGGUUGUCAUUGUCUUUCGCUUCUCAACAUGAGAAAAACCAGGGUGUGUGCUCAUGUGCCAGGCAAGCUAGCCAGCUAGCAAUCCAACCAUCAAAGGCAGGGGAUCUGGCUUCAUCACAGUCCACUGCUAUUUGUUUAAUGGUGACUUUCUCUGGGGAAAAGACUGUUUCUCUUUACAAUAAUGUGUUGUGAUCAACUGUUUGUUCAAACAAUUACAAAACAAUACCAGCUUCUUCUAGUCACACUGCUCUAUUUCUAGCAGCCUUCCUCCCUGGAUACUUAACGUAAUGAGGAGAAAUUUGAGUCACAAUUACUCCUUGGCACCGUGUCAAGCUCAGCUGUCUAUGCUCUUAGAGAGAAAGAGAGAGAGAGAGAGAGAGAGAGAGAGAGAGAGAGAGAGAGAGAGAGAGAGAGAGAGAGCUACUGCUGGCUGGUGUAUGUUUUCUCUUUGACCACUAGGUGGCAUUUAAGUAAUAUUAUAGUUGUGCAUGUUAAUGGAACUUUGAUACACAGAAAGUACCCUUUUGUAUUAUAAUCUUUCUUAUUCUUGUGAAUCACAUUAUAGUCCUAGAAAGGCAGGAAAGUCAGGAAAGUCCAGUACAAUCAUUAGUAAGAUGCCAUGGCUUUAAUGAUGACAAGACUUAUUUAGGAUCGGUUAAUCUAAUUUCACUCUUUGUCAGCCAAAUUACCAGCAUUGUCUCCUCAGGUCUCACUUAAUAAAGGUAGGAAGUCCAAACCAUAUUGUGAUGUCACUAUAACAAAUUUGUUAUCAAUAUUGUACAGUAGCCCAAUUAAGUUGAAAUCAGGUUGUGUGUGAUUAUACCUAGCUAAACAAAACAAACAAACAACUUGGCCUAAUAUUAUACUAGAAAAAAACAAGCACAAUUUCCCCCCAAAAUUCAAAGAAAUUAACAAUCAACUUUUUAACAAUCAACUAAUUAGAUACAGCUAUUUGGGUAAAUGGUAGUAAUGUUGCUUGAUAUCCAUGAAGUUGAUCCUGUAGAUAAAAGUGACCCGCAGAUCAAAUCUCACAGUAGGCAUACAUCUUUAGAAGAAAGUGUAACUCAAUACUGCUGAUUACAAUGACCUUGAUUAAUGCCCAAACUACUUGUCUUUGACUUGUGCCAUAUAGAAACCUUACAAUUGUUGCCCUGCUCUUUGUAUCCCAAAGCAAAUGACUUUGUCAGGAACUCAGAUGCAGCUGUUUUAUAAGGAUUGUUUUGCUCAUUCAUUUUUCCUUACUCUCUGUUUUUUGCUCCCAAUGUUUAUGCGAUUAUUGCUAGAAUAAUACUUUGACUUCUAUUGCAAUGCAACACAAGGCAAAUUGAGCUGUACCUGCACAACAUUGUCAUGUGUGAACCAAAUGAGGAAGCAUACAGAUAGUAGUUUUUUGGGGGCGUGGCCAGAAUUCUAUUUUUGGGGAGUCCCAUCUUAAAAUGAAGGGGGCACUAAAAUAUAUAUAUAUAUAUAUCAACAAUUCCUUAAUUUUUCAUUGUAAGCAAUCAGAAAUCUGGGUGGUAGACAUGUAAAUGAGGGGGCCUAGGCCCCCCGUGGCUAUGCCCCUGGUUUGUGGGUACGGGGUGGGGGGUGACUUCAAUAAGGGUUUUUUAUUGCUUUUUUCAAAUAAUGAAUUUAAACAAUUGUGACUUCACCAGCCCCUAAUUGUAAAUCAGGUAUUCCAGCAAAAAGAGGCUUCUCAGACCAAAACAGGAGAGACAAUGUGUAGUAUUACUCAUUAUAUUAUCUGCUGUCUCUCAUUUGUUCCUAGAGUAUGUGCCACAUCUCUUCACUCUAGCGCAUGCAGAAAAAUAUGAGCUAUAAGUACCUUCUUAACAUCUAUUUCUAAGCUGAAGACUGCAAUACAGGAGGUUACAUUUGCUUCUUAGAAUAUAGCUUGCAGUAUUUUCAUCCCAAGUCUACAUGCUUUGCUUACUAAUGAGCACUGCAGUACUACAGCACGUGGUGGGAUACUGACUCAAGCAAUCAAUCUCUUCUGAAGGAAGUGGGGUCUCUCCUGGUCAUGUUAGUAGUUUGUAGUUAGUAGUACAGAACUAGUAUUGAUGUAUGCUAGUGGUGUAGUUUGCUAGUGGAGUAGCAUGCUAGUUGUGUAGUAAAGUAAUGGUGUAGCAUGCUAAUUGUGUAGUAUGCUAGCAGUGAAGCAUACUGCAUAUCCAGGGAUACAACAUUCAAACAAUUUUGCCAAAUGCUGCCAAGCUUGUCUCAGGAUUGACUGAAAGCUGCUCUGCUUUUUACAUUUUGUAUUCAUGACCAAGCUACUGAUUAGAACAAAAUAGAGUAGAAUAGAUUAAAUAAUGGAUCUGAAAAUGUUUUCCUCUGACAAACUAGACCAUCCUCUCCCUCAGGUGCUCAUGGCCUCUGUAAAUUCUGGUUUGAGCACAAUUUGUGUGGUGUUUUGCACUUCCGAAGAGUAAAAAUCUGAUAAUUAUUAUUAUUUUGUAUAACACUUGUGACAUAUGCUUCCAAACUUGUAAAAACGUGACCAAACUGCUGUGAAAAGAGUGCUAUCAUCUGGCACUAUGAGCACAGGUGCUUCAUGUGACACAUUGUGAUCUGUGUUAAAAGUGAGUUUGACAGUUUGCUAAUGAAAAUGUCCCCUCCAACUAAAUCCAUUUUGUGAUGCUUGUUUUGUGAUUGUUAAUAAGAUUCCUUAUAUUUUACAUUUAAGCUCAGACACAUGGCUAUUGGACCACAUUUACAUAUUGGCCUGAAAUAAGAAUUAAAACUUAAAAUUAAGGAAAACCCAGAUCAAGUAACCUAGGCAUAUACAGUACCACGUAUCAGAGAAAGAGACAUUCAGUAUUACAAAGGGAUUGAUCUCUACAACACCUUACUGCAGGUGAACUGAAGAGGUGUAUCAGUGACUAUGGUACAUGAACAGUAUCUACGUCAGCUCCCUUAUGAUGUCAUCAUUGGUAACUUUAUCCUCCUCAAACUCUAUUGAUCACUCUUUCUUUCUUUCCCUCCCUCUUCCUCUCUUUUCGCUUUCUCUCUCCCUGCCCCUAUUUGGUUUUCUGUGAAAAUGUAAAUCUCCAGGUUGUCAUAGAGCAUGAAUUCCAUCAGGGUAGGAAUUACUCUUGGGAUUGAAUGAGGAGGUCAAGGUAACUGGACAGGUGGAACCCAGCCUCUUUCUCUGGAUUCACUUCUUUCUGCUGUGAUCUUGACUUGGUCUGACCUUUGUGGACUUUCUGAUCUUUAGUCACAUAAUGCACCCCUGUAAAUAUGUAUGCUUUUUCUAUCCGUCAUUUUUUCUGCUAUUUGUACUUAUUUUUCUCACACAUAAAUAUGUGCAAACGG